AUGAAGUUCAUCUUCAUUUUACUCUCAAGCCUUUUACUAGGAUAUCAUCUCUUGGUUAUGAUUGUCCAAAGGGACACAUCAACAAUGGUUGUUUCAGGCGGAAAAUGGAACAAAAACAAGCUUGAGAUAACUGAAAUUACAGCCAUAUCGGUUCAAAAGGAACCUAAUUUUGAGAGAACAAUUGGAGCUUCUCAUAUGAGGAAGUUAGGGUUUGGAACUAUCAUGCAUCAUGAAGAAAAAAGUGUGGAUUCUAAGAAUAUUGAAAAAGGACAAACUUCAAAGAUUUCAGGUAAGGAGAGUGGUGGUUUGAAGAAGUCUUUCAGAAGCUUAUUCCAAUUACAAAAGAGUGAUGUUCAUGAGAAGCAUAUGAUAAUGAAGCCAAAGCUACAUUUGAAAGUCACCACCAAGGUUGCAAUUUCAAGGAAUAGUCUCACAACCCACACAAACACCAAGUGUUCAAAAGAUUGUGAUGAUGCUGUACCAAUUAAGGGUAGCUCAGAGGAUUCAUCAAGGCAUGAACAAGAAAUUUCUAAAGAAGCUCAAGAUGAUAUUGAUGCUGCAAAAGAGAUUGAAAGCCUCAUGUAUAAAGAUUAUAAUAAUAAGGGAAAGCCAUCACAUAGGCCACCCAUCAAUAAUCAUGAACCUAAUAAUCCUUAG